AUGGGCUCCGACGAUUAUGCUGCUGUCGGUGGCGGCGGCGCCCUGAAACUCAAGGGCGCCAAAAUACACAAGAAAAAGAAGAAGCGCGAUAAGACCGAUCUUGAAAAGAACCUCGAUACUGGAAACAAGGACGAAGAGAAGAGAAAGAAGAAGAAGAGUGAGGAUGGAGAGGAGCAAGAGCCCCACGAUGAGGAUGAUGAGGACAAACCCGAACUGCUCAAACUCGCCGAGUCUUCAAGCUCGCGACCGGAACUUCUCAAAACACAUAAGGAGCGUGUCGAAGAACUCAAUACUUACUUGUCGAGAUUGAGCGAGCAUCACGAUAUGCCCAGGAUUGGCCCUGGCUAA